AUGGCAGAUUUCUCAAUCCAGUCAUUGUUCAAUGUCAAGGGAAAGGUUGCUUUGGUGACGGGUGGUGGUUCUGGCAUUGGAAAAAUGAUGGCUGCUGCACUGGUUCAAAACGGAUGCAAGGUUUAUAUUGCAUCUCGUAAGCUUAAAGUAGUUCAAGACACCGCAUCUGAAUUGACUUUAAAGGGACCAGGCACAUGCAUUGCAAUUCAAUCCAAUCUGACGACUCGUGCUCAAGCUGAAUCUCUUGCUGCUACCAUUGCUUCCAAGGAAUCAAAACUGCAUGUUUUAAUCAACAACUCUGGUGUAGCUUGGGCUAGUCCCUUGCUGGAUUAUGACGAAAAACUGGGAUGGGAUAAUCUGAUGGCUUUAAAUGUCAAGGGAAUGUUUUACCUCACCGCAGCACUUGUGCCGUUGCUUAAAGCAGCUUCAAAUGGAAAUGUUGAUCCAGCUCGUGUCAUCAAUAUCAGUUCAAUCUCGGCCGUAUCACCCUUGGCUGAAGGAGUGCUUACACCUAACGGUUAUGGUACAUGGUCAUAUUCUGUUUCUAAAGCUGCAGUCAAUCAUUUAACAAAAACACUUGCUGCGUCACUUGCAAAGGAAAUGAUUACUGUCAAUGCAAUUGCUCCAGGAGUGUUUCCCUCUGGAAUGACCCAAUACAGUUUAUCUCAGGCUGAAAACCACUUGGUCAAGUUGCAACCUAUGGGAAGGAUUGGCAUUCCUGACGAUCUGGCUGGUUUAGCUUUGUUUUUGUCUAGCAGAGCUUCAUCUCAUAUGACUGGUGUUAUCUUUACUAUGGAUGGUGGUGCUAUUCUUGGUAUACCCCCAACCCGUCUAUGA